AAGGCGGAACGCUCUGAAUGCCGACGCAAUUAUGGUAAGAUUCAGAUGUUCUACCUUCCAUCAGACCUGGUUUUCAAGAGGCUUCAAAUCCUCUGAACUCUCUUUCGUUGUUAUACCGAACUAGUAGACACGCAUCGACGUGAUGGCACCAGUGGCGAUCGCUCAAGCUCCUCCGGCAACGUCCAUGUCUUCCACAAAACAACAAAGUCACUCGAAUGUUCUCACAUCUUCCACUUCGAUUCCAACACGGCCUCCAUUACCUUCCACAUCUACAGCACGCCCAAAAGAAAUUCACGAUGCACCAGCGCGGACGCAAUUUGCAUUUGACUCAAUGGAGGCAGCAUUGGAAGCGUUUUCCAGAGGAGAAUUCCUAGUGGUCAUGGAUGAUGAAGGAAGAGAGAACGAAGGCGAUUUAAUCAUUGCUGCUAGUGAAUGUUCGACGGAGAAGAUGGCUUGGAUGAUCAAACAUACGAGUGGUUAUAUUUGCAUUUCUCUUCCCGGAGAACGGUUGGAAGAGCUGGAGAUACCCAUGAUGGUUGCGGAGAACCAGGACCCUCGUCAAACAGCUUAUACAGUCACUGUCGACUACAAAUACGGCACUACAACUGGCAUUUCUGCGCACGAUCGUGCACUUACUGCAAGAGCACUGGCAUCUCCAUCAACUCAACCUUCAUCGCUAUCACGUCCGGGCCAUCUUGUUCCUCUACGUGCGCGCCCAGGCGGUGUCUUGACACGAGGAGGGCAUACCGAAUCUGGGGUAGACCUUUGCUCACUUUCAGGACUACCACAGGCGGGUCUCCUUUGUGAACUCGUCAACGAUGAUGAGGAGGGCACCAUGAUGCGCCGAGAUGAUUGUCGGCGAUUUGCGGACAGGUGGGGACUGAAGAUGAUCAGCGUCGAAAUGAUCAAGGAGUGUAGGAGGAAGUUGGAAGGCGGGCAACUGAACGGAACUACAUCUACAUCUACAUAGAAUAGUAUUGUAUCGUUGUGCCUAAUUUAUAUGCGCAGUAUAUAUGUAUUCCUGUAGCAUUCCUUCCUUUCUUUUGGGUAUA